UUCACCUAUGGAGAUAUCGGGGAGGAUACCCAGCUCUCACUGAAGUCAUGAACAAACUCAGGCAGAAUAAGGAUUUCAUGAAGUACCGGACAGAGAGGGGGAAGAUGCUGCUGUCUCGUAAAAACCAGCUGCUCCUGGAGUUCAGCUUCUGGACCGAACCCGUCCCUCGUCCAGGACCCAACAUCUAUGAGCUCCGAUCAUACCAGCUCAGGCUUACAAAGAUCUUCAGUCCAGAGAAGUCAUUAGAAAUGCAGCCUGGCAGCGUGAAGGCUGGGAUGAGGUUGUUUACUACACAGUCCCUCUUAUUCAGCACAUGGAAUCGAGAAUAAUGAUCCCCAUGAAGACUUCGCCCUUGAAGUAACAACAAACAGAAGGGAAAUGUUUCAGCAGCCACUGCUACAAGAACACCGAUCUGUGUGUGAUUAACCACCAGGAUGUGCACUGCCAGGAUCAUCAACAGAAUCUGAAGAUGUUUUUGUUUUGUUGUUCCUCCUUUAUGCCUUUUUAAAAAAUGAGGUCAGCAUAACUGUCUAAAAGUGGACCUGUUACAAGUUUUACUUUCUCCUCUGCUUAAACGGUUUUGUCACAUAAAAAUAAAAUACAAUGAAAAAUGCAUAAAACUUUUUUUCAUAAAUUUACAACAAAAGCAUUUUUUUCUCAAUCACUUGCUAAUAUCAAGCUUAUAAAAGAAACCAGUAAUGGUUAUGUCAUUUGUUUAAACUUUUUUUUUCUUAAAAAAAUGUUUUAUGUUUACAAAUCUUCCAUCCAUCUGAUUGGGAUAGGUGGGAUUAACGCCAAAAUAAUUUUUAGCUCUUGAAGUUAAUGGCAGUAAAAUUGCACAGUCACACAAGAAGACACAAACACACCGUUUGAAAAAUUGACUUUUCAGUUUUGUUUUGUUUUUUGCAUUAAGCGACCACAUUCUUCGAUUCUUUCUUAACUUUAACAUCAUAGCACUGAUGGCUCUGAAAACAAUGAAAAUAUGGUUAAAAUUAUUGGGAAAUGUGUUUGGGUUGAGAUGAUUUAAUCAAGAUUUACUGAAUAAACUACUGAACAUUCACUGAUUUAGUCUAUCUGUUAACAGCAGCUGGGUGACUGCUCGCUUUCACUGAGAAUAUUACUGCUUUAUCAUUAAAGCUGAAUGUAGAAUUACAAAGUAGGCUUAUUAAGCAAGCCGGGAUUGUGGUCAGUUCUGUUAAUGAGUGAGGUCAUUCUAAUCAUCUUUUACUGAGAAAACUAGUUAAUUGUGUUGUGAUGAAAUGCAGUGCUGUAAUAACUUUGACUGUACAUAUUAAAUGUCUGAUGAAGAGACAAUA